AUGGCCUCGUCGCAUACGUCUACAGUAAUGAGCCUGACCAGCGACGUCAAAUCGGGGUCUGUCAAGGCUCGUGAAAAGGCUGUAGAUGAACUGGUUUCUAUAUUGAAUCCCAGGAACCGGACUGUUAAUCUUGCCGACCUGGGCGACAAGAGCUAUCACCAGAUAUUCGAGGCCCUUUUUAAUGUUGUGAUCCGCGAGAGGCCUACUUUGUAUGACAAAGGCAAGAAAGAGUCUUCUCGCAAGGCAGCCACAACUCGCCUGACCAAGUGCGCUUCGGCCAUCCGAAUGACCGCUGCCAGAGGUGCCUCAAGACUAGGACGCAAAACCCUGUUAGCUCUUAUAGACCAUAUCUCUCAAGUUUUGCCGGACCCAGACGGUGAUUUUGUUGCACCUUUGAUACAAGAUUAUGUCAAGGCCUUGUCGGAGGUGCUCUCACGCCAGCCGCAUGUCGAGUACCUAGCUCGGCAAGAUGCCAAACACUGGGAGAUCUGUGUCGACUUUCUACUUGAUAUAGCUGCAUACAUUAUUCCCAGUGAAGCUCCUUUUAGCUUGAUAUCUGCUGCCCGACCUUCUCCUGCUCCAGAUGUCUCGACACCACGUUCCAUCAUGCGAUCUAAUAGUUCUACUCAGAGCCAAAAGCGAGCAAGCAUUGCCGAGGGUGAGCCGCUUAGAGAUGCCCUUGAAGGCCUCCAGCAUCUGAGUCAGGCUUCAAAUGCUCCCAUAGCACGGCGAGGAAGAAACGUUACAGACCUGGCGCUUCGCGUUCUCAACAUGAAGCACCUCAGUCUUGGGUCUAUGCAAGCAAUGUGUUUCUUGAUUUGCAAUACGGUAUUUGCUCAGACGCAAUCUGAAGAUCUCGACUACGGACUCUCAUUAGUGAGGGAUCUUCUACCAUUGAUGAGCCAUUGGUGGAGGGCCGAGAAGGUCUCUCAAGACGAGCUCAUAAAAGAGUUGCGAAAUGAGAUUUCCAAGACAAUAUACCUGGCACACUCGCAUAUCGAGCAUCUAUCCAGCACAUGGACUGAAAAGAUUCAGAAUGACAUCGAGAAUCUUGUGGACCCCUUGUGGCAAGAAUACUCCAGAAGAAGCGAACCGUUUCGGCUCCAGCUGCGCGAUCUCACUUUCAACAGGUCAUCACUGCCAGGUGGCAAUAUGCACUUAAACCUCUUUGGAAUACGCAAUCACAAUUCAGAAGGGGAAAGCCACUGGGCCCUUGUGCAGAAUCUUUCCUUUUUGGAGAGUAUUCUCUUGAAGCGCGGCGACAAUUCUGCGAGGAAAGUGACACAGAACGUCGAACAGCCACGAAAACGACAGCGCACUCGAGAAAGCCUGAGUCGUCUCAGACUGAAACUUAGAUCGAGAUAUGUUGGUAUUCAGAGAACUGCGCUUCAGAUUUUGCCUUUUCUGGUGGAGGGUCCUGGCUUUGCAGGCGAAGAGCUGGCUUCCAUUUUAGACGACCUUGUCACAUAUGUUUCCAACAAAGAUCCAAUCACGGCGUCAUGGGCGUUGGUCGCAUCAGCAAGCUGUGCCUCGUUGCUCGCGGCGAAUCAAUUGGAUGGAGACCAAUGGAAACAGCUCUGGCAUUUGGCUGUGCGAUCGGUCAGCAUCCCAACAACAUGCCGGGCAGCCUGUUUGCUUCUGCACCAAAUGAUUGAAAUGGAACUACUUCCAUACAAUGCUACUUCAGAGGAUAUCGACGGGAUUGUCACAACAGCUGACGUGAAUGGGCCUGGUAUACUCUGUGAUACUUCACUUAUCCUGAUGUUCCAUCUCUUCCACGCUCGAAAUGCAGCACUACCCAGCGCGAGUCAGGCAACAUCUAAUCAUAUAAUCAGAUGGGUAUUUCUGAAAUGGAAUCCCAAUGAGCCAGCAUUUGCAUCCUCCGUAUCGCCUCUCAUCCAGCCCCUGGAGCUCGUCAACCUGCUUCGAGUGUGUUGUGGCGUCCAACCUUUGUGCUGGAAUGAAGUAGCUGCUAUUUCAGGCACGACUUUGGAGGCCACCUGGAGAACGAAGCAUGAGUCGGCCAAAUUCAAUGAGUAUCUGCUGUUGUUGAAGCAUAAAGAACCCAGCCAUAACAUUCGGCCAUGCAUCUACCGUCCGGGUUCCGGCAGACAGCUUCAACCUGCAACGGAUUCGCACAGCUUCUACCCGUCCAAGAGACUUGCGUUCGAGCUCUUUUGUCCAAAAUUGGACGAUCUCGUCGAGCUAUGCGACACGUGGUCAAAGAAGCCCAGCGACGGUGGAACUCAGAUUUCUUUGGAUCGAUAUCGAAGCCUUUUAUCUGCGUGCAUCAUUGGGUCGCUUCUGAUCCCCCAGUUUGCUGACUUGAACACGCCCCAAUCAGCCUCGAUGGAAUCCAAUCUUGUGAAUCUAGCGAAGGAGAGUUUGGUAUUGGCAUUGGACUCUGUCGAACCGCAGGCCUUUUUGGAGGCCACCUUGCGAGUGCUGAGGCCUUGUAUGCCCGGCAUGACAACCGUCGAUUUGAACAGACUGUAUUCGGACCAGUCCCCCUUUCUGCACGUUUUGACAACAAUUUCAAGUGUAAUUGAUCACAGACAAUCCGAUACGGCCUUUGGUACAAGCCCAGGCCCAAUGGAUCUCGACGAUGAAUUUGGCUCGCAGAUCAGUAGGGCCACAUGCGCUUCGACCCCCAUGGCUGUACCGAGACAAAACGUUCAAUUGUGUUCAAGCCCACGAGUGUUCCACGUGGAUACGAAAAUGCGACUAGGGCUGCUUCGCGCCAUCAGUGAUGACUCGAGUCAGAUUGGUUUGCUUCCUGAAGCGUGGAUUGACGGUUUGUUGCUAAUGUCUGACGAUGACUUGUUGUGUUGUCAGGCUCUACUAUUGGAGAUUUCUACUUCCGAUCUGGUUGUGGGCUCAGAGACUGCAUACAGCAUCAUAAAAAGACUAGGCGAAAUUAUCUCUACGUCGGAUUACCAAUGCUGCGAGGUGGCGCUUACGACGUGCAUAGAAAUCCUCGAUGGAUGGCAUAAUAUCUGGUUGAGUGAUAAUCAAGAUCUCGCCGAAGGCGUGGGCGACUUAUACAACUAUUUUAUCAAAGUGUGCCUGCCUUCUAAUUUCUUCUCAGCCAAGGCUCAAAUGUCAAUGGCGCGUUUGCUUUUCUCAUUGCUCGGCGCAAAUCCCGCGUACGGCACCGACUUGGGUCUGGCUUCAUGUCGCACCUCGUUACUCACUAUUCUCGCCACUGGCUCGAUGCCAGUGAAGUGUUUUGUGGCAGACAGAAUUGCUGGAGUAUUUGAUCUGUUUAUACUGAUGCUGCACGAUGAAAUAUUUGUCGACGUUCUUGCGAGCUUGCCAACCAAUCCUGCGGACACGGCCGGUAUUGCCUUCAGGCUUCUUGCUUUGUCAAAGUUGGCCUGUAGAUGGCCAACUCUGCUGCGACGAUGCAUAUAUCACAUCUUUGAGACUCCAGGAAAGAUUUCACAGUCUAUCGACUACGCAAAGUGGUGUCUUGCUGAUGUAUCAAGCACGCUAAAGUUGGAAUCGCCAAAAGAGCUUUUUCUAUUAUUCUCGCGCCAAUUGCUCUACACCUGGAUGGAACAUGACCCCAUUGAGGAUAUUCCCUUCGCUAUAUUCGGGUUCGACGACUUAAAAGACCUUUUACGAUCUGCUCAAGCGGAAGCCAUUGCGCUGGCGGUGAUGCGAACCCAGGAAUCAACCAGUGCCAGCAUAGCCACCUUGCUUGGAAUGACUGAAAGAGAUUUGAUCAAGCGCAACUUCUCCACCACCUUGUCUUACAGCAUGGCCUACGCGGACGCUUUCGGUAACGCCAGUGAUGUGAAGGGCGAAGAUUACAUUCGGAAAAAGCUAGGGAGCAAAGGUUACGUGGAAGCAAUAUAUACCAACCUUGUGGAUAUCAUUGCCGCAUUUUUCGAUCUAAUAGAUCAAGAGGAUAACCUCGAAAGGAUUUUCCGCAGACACGAAGACAUUUCUUAUGCAGCAGACAAUCUAGAAGCGAUCAAGAAGGUGGCUUGCUCAUCCAACAAGCUUCCACCAAACCAGCAGCCCAUGUUUCGAGCUAAAUACAUCAUUCACGAUAUCUUCAGGCUUUGUCAAGGCACCGAGUUUCAGUUUCAAGACCUAUGGACGCCUGCAUUGGUUUUGUCAGUGACAAGGAGCUUAUUCAACACCAUCCACGCCGCCAUGGGCUCCCUCUAUGCUUGCUCUGUCCUUCGCAAAGUCAGACUGGUCAUCUCUUUGGCAGGUUCAGUGGCGCUGGAGUCGUACUGCCUUGAGAUGUUACUCAACUCGGUUCGUGGUUUCAUAGUGGAUGCAGAAUGCGCAGAUGAUGCCCUUGGCCUGACCCAAUAUCUUUUGUCUGGGGGAAGAGCAUAUCUGACCCAGAAACCGUCCUUCCUCGCAGGAUACGCCCUGUCUACUCUUGCUUCUCUGCGGGUCUUUUUGGAGUCAAGCCAGUCCAGCACAACCCAAGACAGCCAGUUCAAAGCCACCAUGAAUAAGACUCAAAAGUUCCAUGAUUGGUUCAGUAAAUACUUGUCUGAAUACGCUUCGCCCGUCUUCCAAGAUGACGAGCAAUCAAAUUUAUUCAAGUCAAUAACUCACUCCGCAGCCCACAUAAGAUCGUCCGGCAACGCUGAGAAAGGUACAUCGGAGAGUAAGCUACUUGUUGAUAUUUUGAGAGAUGGCGUCACUGGCAGUCGCUUGCUGAAUGAAUCGUCGCGAGAGCUUGCGUUGAAGUUGCUCUGCGGAGACUUCACGAUACCAGCGACAAUUCGAGAAGAUAUUGUUGAAACCGAUGCUGCUGCUAUCGAACAGGCGUCAAGUGUUUGGAAAAGCUGCGAAGCACAAGAUCUCAGCAAAAACUACCUGUCUUGGGCAGGACGUGUUGUUGGCCGCUCGUUUGCUGCAUCUGGCGAAUUCCCCGGGGAUGUGCUUAAAGAAUCAAACCUGAGCCUUUACAGACACAUUGCCCCAGGGCCCAACGGAUCGGAGACGUGGCUACUUUGUCUUCUGCAAGAUCUAGCGGCAGACCAAAAUUCGACAGUGGCUGGAUUGGCAGAGGCGGCUUUGCGGGAGACAGUCACGCGAGCGCUAGAACAUGGCGACGAACCUUUGGUUGUCGCAUGUCAAAGAACUUUAUCCGAGAGCCUUUUCACAGUAUCACAAUGGGGUAGAUUCUGUUCACCAGACGUGGAGGCUACCGAUAACUCGAAAUUGGAUGGCGGGCCAUCUGUCUGGGAAGACGAUAUCUCAUCUUUAAGCUGUUUGCAAAGGAUCACUACUCAUCUGGCUUCAACGGCUUCAGACUCGAUAUUGCUGUCGGUUCUAACACCAAUCUUAACCGAGGUACCGGGGUUUGCCGAGAAGGCGUUCCCUUUUAUUGUGCAUCUAGUUUUGUGUUUCCAACAUGAACAACAGCAAACAGCUAAACGACAAUUGUCUAUGGCAAUGAAGGAGUGGUUGCGAGAUGAUAGGCCAUCGGCAUCACAGAACGUAAAGCUGCUGAUCAACACCGUCCUUUAUCUCCGCACACAGGAGUAUCCCAAAGAGUCGUCUAUUGCAGAUCGAAUGCACUGGCUCGGCAUUGAUUAUGCAGCCGCAGCCGCUUCUGCGUCUCGAUGUGGCAUGCAAAAGACGGCCUUGCUCUUCGCAGAAUGGGUCUCCUCGGAGGUUUCGCGGCCAUCUCGAAGAUCUUCGGCACACAGAGAACACGACAUCAACGACAUUCUGCUGACCAUAUUUGAGAACAUUGAUGAUCCUGACACGUACUACGGACUGCCGGAAGAUGCAAGCCUGUCCAAGGUUGUGGCUCGAGUUGAAUAUGAAAAUGAAGGAUUGAAGAGCCUCGCAUUUCGAGGAGCGCAAUACGAUAGCCACAUUCGUCUGCGACGCCGAGAGGCAGAAGCAGACGGCCAAGCUCUCGUUCAAGCACUGGGAACAUUGGGGCUCUCCGGCUUAGCUCAGUCAAUACUUCAGACACAUGAAAGCCUCGGUGCCAGCAAUCCAUCCGUUGACAGUACAUUUACCACGGCGAGGCGUCUGGAGAUGUGGAACUUGCCUGCGCCGGGAAACAGCGAACACCAUGCCGUCAUUUUGUAUCAAGCAUACAAAAGCAUUCACAAUUCGACGUUCUUGCCAGACGUCCAGGCCGCCGUGUAUGAAGGCUUCAGUGCCAUUAUGAAAAACAUGGCGAGUUGCAACCUCAAUGCAACUGCUCUUAGGAGUCGGCUGGCUGCACUAGCAGCUCUCACGGAGCUAGACGAUAUGCUGAAUAUCUCAGACCCGUCCGAGGUGGCCGUCAUGAUGGAAAAGUUCAAGAGUCGCUCGGAAUGGAUGCGAAGCGGAAUGUACGGUGAUGUCGGCCAAGUUCUAUCUUGCAGAGAGACAUCAGUCAGUAUGCUUUGCCAGCAUACCGGCUUGCUAAAGCAUGAAAAGAUAUCUGCAGAUGUAUUGCGACAAAUGCAGGUGGAGUCGAUGAUUUUGUCGUCUGGCAUAUAUCGGUACCACCAAGCGACUCAGGAGUCCCUGAACAUCGCGACUGCACUCUCUGACAUGAUUCCAUUGUGCGAAAGCUUGAACCUGCACGUUGAUGCCGCCAUCAGAAUUGAAGUAGCCAACUCACUGUGGGAUCACGGUGAGAUGGGAACAUCAAUUCGUAUGCUGCAAGCCAUUGACAGGGAGUCGUCUCUGACAAGACAGAGCAUCCGGGUCAAUCGGUCUGACCUCCUUUCCAAAAUCGGACACAAAGUGUCACUGGCUCGACUUGAAAACCCUCACGAUAUUCAAAAAACUUACCUCGGCCCGGCCUUGAAGGAGUUGAAACGAGAAGGCAACAGUCAGGCGGGAUCGGUCUACCAUCAAUUUGCCACCUUCUGCGAUGAGCAACUGCAGGAUCCAGACGGGCUCGAGGACUUGGCAAGAUUACACAAUCUGCGCACAGCCAAGAAGGAUGAAGUCAAUGAUCUCAAGGCUCUCAUUGACUCAACCAAAGAAACUCAACUAAAAGCCAGAUAUGCACAUGUCCUCUCCAAGGAGAAGCAGUGGCUGGAGCUCGAUGAGAAGGAGCUAAAACGGGUAGAGCAGACUCGGAGUGAGUUUGUGCAGCUUAGCUUGGAAAACUACCUGCUCUCACUGAUUUCAUCGGAUGACUACAACAAUGAUGCCCUACGUUUUACGGCAUUGUGGCUGGAGAGGUCCGCUGAAGAUUCAACAAACAAGGCCGUCAUGAGGCACCUGUCCCUUGUCCCUACCAGAAAGUUUGCCCCGUUGAUGAACCAGCUGACCUCUCGGCUACAGAGCCAGGAGGGCACAUUCCAAAAACUCCUUUUUGAGCUGAUUUACACCAUCUGCGUUGACCACCCCUACCACGGAAUGUAUCAAAUCUGGUCAGGAACAAAGGCCCGGGCCCAGCAGAAAGAUGAGGUGGCUGUACAGAGAGUCAAAGCAACAGAGAAAGUUGCGCAAAGACUCUCUGCAAACAAGUCAGUCGCAAAUAUAUGGCUGUCAAUUGACAAGACGAGCAAGUACUAUCACGGGCUUGCCAUGGAAAAGAACCCAAACAAGUACAAGUCUGGGGCUAAGAUUCCGCUUAAGGACUCUGCAGCAGGGCAGUACCUGGUCAGUUACCUUGCGCGAUAUCGUAUUCCUCCUCCAACGUUGCAUAUCGAGGUCUCAAUGACCAAGGACUACUCGGACGUUCCGUUUAUACACAAGCUGGAGCCCACAAUGACGAUUGCGUCAGGAGUCAGUGCACCAAAAAUCAUCACGGCCGUCGGCACGAAUGGCGUCAGGUACAAGCAGUUGGUCAAGGGUGGCCACGACGAUCUACGGCAGGACGCAAUCAUGGAGCAAGUAUUCGCCGCCGUAUCGUCUCUUUUGAAGCUGCACCGGAGUACGCAACAAAGAAACCUGGGUAUCAGGACGUACAAAGUCUUGCCACUUACGGCAUCGUCUGGUCUCAUCGAGUUCGUUCCAAACACGAUCCCGCUGCACGAGUACCUUAUGCCAGCGCAUGAGAAAUACUACCCGAGGGACCUCAAGGGCUCGCAGUGCCGUAAAGAGAUAUUCAAUGUCCAGAGCAGAACGACCGAAACACGUCUGGCCACAUACCGCAAAGUGACGGAGAGAUUUCAUCCCGUGAUGAGGUACUUCUUCAUGGAGUACUUUGUCGAUCCGGACGAAUGGUUCGCCAGAAGAUUGGCUUAUACGCGGAGCACGGCAGCCAUUUCUAUGCUAGGGCACGUCCUUGGACUGGGUGACCGUCAUGGCCAUAAUAUUCUCCUUGAUUGCCGGACUGGCGAAGCAGUGCACAUUGACCUGGGAGUAGCCUUCGAAGCCGGUCGUAUUCUCCCGGUACCGGAGCUGGUCCCUUUCCGGCUGACUCGAGACAUUGUAGACGGCAUGGGCAUCACCAGAACCGAAGGUGUUUUCAGGCGUUGCUGCGAAUUCACGCUUGAUGCGUUGCGCGAGGAGCAGUACUCAAUCAUGGCAAUUCUAGAUGUCUUGCGAUACGACCCUCUGUACACCUGGUCGAUAUCACCGCUCCGACUCGCCAAGCUCCAAAAUGCCAGAAACAAUGGGGGUGGCGGCGAGGAGUCGGAAAUGAGCGAAACAGCAGAUGCCAAGAAGGCCAACAAGCACAACUGUCGAACGAAUGAGCCCUCUGAAGCAGACCGAGCACUCGAGGUUGUGAGAAAGAAGUUGUCAAAGACUCUAAGUGUAACAGCAACAGUCAAUGACUUGAUUAACAUGGCUACAGAUGAACGCAACCUGGCUGUACUGUACUCGGGAUGGGCUGCAUACGCGUAA